AUGGAGAGAGCUCUAACUCUGAUACGUCGACAUUUAGUUACACGCAAAAUAUUUGGAUCUUUAGCCAUUCUUUUUAUGAUAAUUCCGAUCUGUUUUGCGACUCCAUUGUUGAUUCCAGGCUUUCAAGUCUCUGUCUUUCCCUACCGAUAUUUAUGUGCUAUUGGAAGUGGUUCUCCAGUGCUAUAUUCUCUUGCACAAUUGCUUGUAUAUGGGGGUUGCAUUUUUGUUCUCCUCAUAUGUUUUGGAUCCAUAAUUAAACAAAAACGAAUUGUUCGUUCACUUCCAGCAAAACCAGAACAAUACGGAGCUUUUAUUUUGGAAAAUCGAAUUUUGGAUGAACACAUGCAAUUGAGUAGACUGUUCUUUUGGUUGGUACUUGAAUAUGCAGUUAUUCAGGGACCUUAUAUUUGCUUGGAUUUUUUUGUUCAGGUAAACAAAUAA